GCCCCAGAUUUGAAUUCCGCAAGUUGGCGGGGCCGCGGGGAUUCGGAGGGGGGCGUUUGUUUGGGGCAGUGCGGAUCCUGUAGGGAAGGCGGCGGGACUCAGGCCUACCGGUGCAGAGCUGUCUUACAAAAUGGUAGAGGACGAACUGGCACUAUUUGAUAAAGGCAUAAAUGAAUUUUGGAAUAAAUUCAGAAGUACUGUCAGUGACACUUCCUGUCAGAUGGUGGGGCUACGAGAUGCCUACAAGGAUUCUAUUAAAGCAUUUGCAGAAAAGCUGUCUGUGAAAUUAAAGGAAGAAGAGCGAAUGGUUGAGAUGUUUCUGGAAUAUCAAAAUCAGAUCUGCAGGCACAAUAAACUCAUUCAAGAAAAAAAGGAAAACUUGUUUAAGUUGGUUGCUGAAGUAAAAGGCAAAGAGCAGGAACUGGAAGCACUGGCUGCAAACAUUCAGGACCUUAAGGAAGAAUAUUCUAAGAAGAAGGAAGCUAUUUCCACUGCUAACAAAGCUAAUGAAGAGAGGUUGAAAAGGCUGCAGAAAUCUGUAGAUUUGUAUAAAGAUCGACUUGGACUAGAAAUUAGGAAGAUUUAUGGUGAUAAAUUGCAGUUUAUAUUCACUAAUAUUGACCCCAAGCAUCCUGAGAGGCCAUUUAUGUUUUCCCUGCAUCUAAAUGAAGCAAGGGACUAUGAAGUGUCAGAUUGUGCUCCUCAUCUUGAGUGCCUAGCAGAAUUUCAAGAGAAUGUAAGGAAGACCAACAAUUUCUCAGCUUUUCUUGCCAAUGUUCGGAAAGCUUUUACUGCUCUGGUUUACAAUUAACGUGUAAAUAGUAUGUAAAAAUGGUUUAAUUUUCUUUUCUAUUGUGUUUCUCUUUUUAAAAGAAUUCUCAUUUUCUAUUG